AUGGUUGUCCUCUAUGAUAACAUUGAAGACUUAAUUGCUGAGAAUGAUCGCAGAUGCGAGGAGGGCUGGGAGGAUUCCACUGCAGACCAAAAUUGCUUGCAGCAUGGAUACAUCGCAUUGACGCAAGUUCUCCCGUGGAUCCAUGAAAAACUUGCAGAACUUGACUCUGAUGACACCGAAGAUGUGCUGAAGAAGAUCAAAAGAGGAGUGGAUGCAGCCCACGGUGACAAUAUGUCCACUCUAAAGGAUUUGGUUGCCACCUGGGUCAAUGAAACUUUUCAUCCGUCCCAUCUACUCAACUCCGGUGACAAACAAAUGCGCAGCUUUGCACAUGACACCUGUGGCAAGCUACUCUGCCCUGCUGAGUGGGACUGGAGUAAGGACUGCAUGAAGGCCGGCAUUUGCAACAGAACUUCAGAUCACAUUAUAUCGGAAAACUCUUGGCCGCUAUUUGUAUAUGAGAACUACUCAGUUAACAGUAGGGACCUUGAGCAAGGUCUUUUUAGGUCGAAUAUACUGGUUCAGGCUUUCAAAGCCACCUUUACAUCACCAUCCUCUGCAAAAGAGGCUGAUGUUACUGUCUGGCAGGUUUGUUUUUCACUAUCCAGCGUCUCAUCUUGGCACACCAUUGAUGGUGACUUCGACUAUGAAGUGUUUUGCAACAACAUCAUAGAUUUCUUCGAGGACAUCCCUGGACCUGUCGCACGACAUAGGGUGAAUACGCUUCUUGAAUGGUGGACCAGGAAGGUUUUCAGAACAAACCAUCAAGAGGACCUUACACCCAAGGUUGUAUCUAAGAUGUCCGUCAUGGCAUUAGCAGAACAGAGAAAGGCAUUGGAGGAUGCUGCUUUUGAUUCAGACUAG